CUUUUAAUACGUAUACCGUAUACACAGUGAUCGUACACGCGUAAUAAAUUGUUAUUUAUAUUUUUCAUACUUAUUAUAUAAAUAUAUAUAUUAGCAGGGGGAUUACCACUGUGAAAAACCGGCAAACGACAAUAACGGUGGUUCACCCUCUCGAGACUCGAAGACAAUAAUACGAAAUACAAUAUUCGACGAUCGACGACCGUGCGGACUCGACGAGCACAAUGACACUGUACAAGCGGUAUGUGUCUCCAGUUAGCCCAGCAGUUUAUCCACAUCUCACCUUAUUAUUGCUCAGCAUUGGUGUGUUUUUCACGGCAUGGUUUUUCGUCUAUGAAGUAACUGGUACAAAGUAUACUAGAAAUUUGAAAAAAGAACUAACCAUAUCCUUUGUAGCUGCCUUAUUUACUGGCUUUGGCCUUCUGUUUUUAUUACUAUGGGUUGGGAUUUAUGUAUAAUGAAUUAUUAUUAUUAUUAUUAUUAUUAUUAUUAUAUUUUUC